CAACAAGGUUGCAAAGAAACGUAGUAAUGUGUUCUCUUUUAUUUUGACAUUUUGUUCUCUUCAGCCAUCAUUAUUUUAAAAUUUUGUAAAUAAACGCAACGUAGAAGAAAAAUAUUGAUAAUUUUAUAUAAAAGUGUUUACGACAAUAGACGGCUUCGUGUUUUGUUAUAAGAAAUACUUUUACUAGAACUACGCACUUCCAAAUUCGCUAUCAACAACAAAACACGUGUUGUGUAUAUUUUCCAAAUUUUUUUCCAAGGCAUAUAACAACCACAACAGCUCCAACAUGGGUAUGGUACAGAAACGCAAGAAGAUGCACUCCGGUGAUACACAUCUUCAGAGACGUUGGCGUGUACGCAAUCGUACUCGUGAUCUUGAUCUCAUCGAUGAAGACAUACGCACACAAUCGGCCCAGUUAAUCAAUCAAGCGGUUGAUUUGGAAAAACCAGGUUUUGCCCAAUUCUAUUGUGUACACUGUGCUAAGUACUUUAUAGAUGAUACCGCCAUGCAGGCACAUUUCCGCACCAAAGUUCAUAAACGUCGUCUAAAGGCUUUGGAAACCGAACCCUAUACCAUUGAAGAGUCCGAACGUGCUGCCGGUCGUGGCAACUAUGAGAAACCUAAGAAACGUACUAUGGAAACACAACCCUCUAAGGAGGAAGUUAAGGCCGGUAAACGUAUUAAGGUUGAGGUCGUUGCAGAAGGUACGCCAGCUAAGAAACAAAAAAUGCAAAAAAUGGAAACGUAGUAAGGGUGGAACGACCUACCAUUUGAAUGAAAUUGAAUUUAGUUGUAAGCUGUAAUAUUUGUUUUUUUUUUAAUUUAGUUGCAAAUUAAAAUGAAUAUUUUUAACGUAAAA